AUGGAUCAAAAUUGGAGCGGUACAAAGGCAGAAUUGUUGCGGAAAGUCGCGGUGGUGAAACUGCUUGCAAAUGUGAUAAAAAUAGCUUCCGGUGAAACAAAACCAGCCAUCUAUUUGAGGUAUCGGCGGAGAGAGCAGGAUGGAUUUGAGUCAUUUUUGACUCUUUACACAAAUGUUACAACAUUCAAAAUACCCAUUGUUAUUUUCAAUGGAAAAUUAAAGAUAACGCUCUAUUCGUUGAAUAAGAAUGAGUUCAAUUUUGGUCUGAUGGGUCCCGGUGACAGUCGUUCUGUUCAAGUAAUUUUUCAAAUCAGUUUUUUCCUUUUUAGUUUUCGUUUAGAAAAGUCUUGUUUUUUUUUUUCCAUUUCGCAUAAUCUUUAUGAUAGCUAG